CUCGAUCUCCGACUCAUAUUUUCAGUAUCUCAUGUUCCAUUGUACAUAUGACAUAUGUUCAUGGUUAGAACUUAAAUUUUGAGAAAGAAUGUUACACAAUGCCGUCCAAAUGUUGAUCUACUGAACGUCCCAGCUUCAGAAUGUUCCGGAAUGCUGACUGCAGCAACUUUAAAAGUAAUAUUUAUAUAUAGUACGGCAUUACUAGGAACCAUAGACUUUUUCACCGUGAAGUAGUGAGGCUGCCACUUAAAGAUCAGAAACUUCAAGGCCAACCUCUUCUCCUGCUCUCCUGAGUCUUGCCAGUGCUGCUGUUGAUGUUUCCUCGUCUGGUUCUAUCAGAGCCACAUCAUCAGCAAAGUCAAGAUAUGCCUGCCAGAGAACCAAUUACGGGGUGUCUGUAUCAUGGGGACCGCGUACAAUUCCAUGUUUUGACAAAAGGAUUGAAGGAGAACAGGGUGAUUCCCAAAGCGUACCUCACGCGACUGGCGUCUGCCGUCUGCUCCUGCAGAAGACAUAAAACUGACAUUCAUCUGCUGAUGACUACAGAAGACUUGUGUCACAUGACUAAUCACCUUAGAGACGUAAAAUUACCCAAUAUGACCACGUCCUUGAGAAAUUAUCUUCAUAGCAUUAUCAAAGCGACCCAUUCCUUGGAGCAAUACGGAGAGGUGAAAUUGUUGUAUGUCGUCUACAACGCUUUGGUUAACAACGCUUUUGAUGAAUUGACGUAUAAUGCUAUCAAUUCGCGACCAAAACAAAUACCGACUACCAAAAACACAACAGCCGUAACAAAGCAUAGAAGAAUGACGAAAAAGCAGUUUAUAUGUAUGAAAAAUAAAAAAUUGAGCAAGAAAGACAAUGUGAGAAAAGUCAUUCUGCCGAUGUAUGCAAGGAAUAUGAGGAAAUUUACAGAAUCGAAGGAGUAUAAAAGUGUGAAGGAGAAUUAUGGAAACGCAAAAUUUUUCCUUUGGUGUUGUGAUGAAGAAAAUACUAAUUUCAUAAACUCCAACCAGAAAAAAACUUCCGUGAAAUUAUAUAUGAAAGAUGAACGUGUGAGUUUAUUUGAGGCCGUCCGUAAAGAAUUGAUGCAGAUAGCAGCGAAACUACAAGCAGAUCUCGACAGGGAGAGAGAGAAAUUGAAACAGUUGCGGCGUGCUUAUCGUUUGCAGAGGGAAGACUGUUACCAUGACUCCGAACCAGUUUUUGAGACCUUCACAGACAUAGCUCUCCAAGUCAAGGUGUCUUCAAAAGCCGAGUACGAAAAGAGGACCAUAAAAAAAAGGGCCAAGAAAUCGUCCGCUUUGACCGGUGGUCACUGCAUGAACUGUUCAGCCCUCUUUCUUGACAUACACACAGACGACAGUGUUUGUAGGCACCAUCCGGGAUAUUUACUGUACACCAAGCAAGUUUGGUCAUGCUGUAAUGCGAAAUGUUCCGAACGGAGAGCGGAUCACACAUUACACAAAAAUACUGGAUGCAGCACGGCUCAGCACAACUGGAGGCGUCACAAGAAGCACCAGCCCAAACUCUCUAAAGAACUGCUCGAUGACAGCGAGAAGACGGUGUAGAAGUCAUUUCAUGUCUUCUAUUUUCUGUUACAUUCAAAAUGGAGUAUGUCCAUGCAUAUCCAAUGGUUGAAAUGUAUUUUAUAGAUAUUUUUAUUUAUUACCUAAAUAUGUAUUUUAUUCCUUUGUAUUACUUGCCAAUUCGUCAAAUAAAUAAUUGGAUGCACAUA